AUGAAAUUCGAAGAAGACUUAAAUUCACUAAUCAAGUCUUCUGGGGAAACUGAAGCUGUGACAGAAUGUCUCAAAAUAAAAAAUAAAGAAGAAGUAGAAUGUGAAAAUCAUUUUGUGAAAACACAUCAGCGGGAUAUCGAGAGUAGAUAUGUAGUGACUCUACCAUUAAGACAAGAUGUUCAUUUGGGUGACUCUUCGCUACUGGCCACACAACGGUUAAAUAAUUUGUGGAAGAGACUAGACAAAACCCCUGACAUGUCUAGGAUGUACUGUGAAUUCAUGAGUGAAUAUGAACCGUUAGGGCAUAUGCAAAAACUUCAGAGUGUGUCGGAAACUCUUAAGUGCAUAAUGCCUCAUUAUGGUGUUUAUAAAGCAGAGAGCAGUACAAUUAAGUUACAAGUGGUAUUCGACGCAUCGGCUCCUUCAUCUGGUGUUUCAUUAAACGACCGUUUGAUGAACGGAGGUGUGGUGCAAGAUGACAUGUUCUCUAUCCUGCUACGAUUUAGAAAACACAAGGUGCUUUUACUGCUGAUAUAUGUAAAAUAUAUCGGCAGAUUCGUACAGAUCCUGACAACGCAAACAUCAGUGCAUCCUCUGGGAAAUACAUUGAAUGAUGCAUCUAAACUCAAUUACUUGGCGUAA